AAACGGUCACUUCAAUUUUCUAUGUUCCUACGUUCGACGUUUGUUUAGAAAAAGUUAUUGUGCGUGAAAAUCGUGUUAAAUAUUUAAUUUAAAGCAACUGAUUAUCACGCCGUGUUUACAAUGAAGAAACGACUGACCAUCCCAUUGGAUCGCUACCAUGGACAAGACGGUCCAAGACAGCGACGGAACACUUUAAACAGAGCGCGCUAUAUGGUGAAGAAAUGCUUGGAAGCUGACGCAGAAAGGGUCGAUAGUGUCGCCGGACCUUCCGGCAUUUCCGAUGUUCCUGCUUCUGCUGUUGCCGUAGACGUUCAGGACGUUCCUACCACCGCGGCCGAUGUUCCGGAGAUUAUCGAACAGACCGAGUUAGAAGCAGAGUCAGAGGACGACGACACAGAUGUUUCGUUCGAUGAAGUUUACGACGAGGAUCUGUCCGAUGAGUUCGACGGAGAAGACGUGGACCCGGAAAUCGUCGAACAAACCGAACCCGAAACCACCGAUGAACGUUUCCGGCACGCUCUGAAGGAGUGGUUUUUCCUGAACAACGUUCGGUCGGUCAACACGUUCUGUUAGCAAAUCGACUUUGGCCACAAUAUUGCUGACCAGGGACCCUAGCGAGGACCUUUCCGAGGAGCUUGGAUUCAUCGUAUCUGCAAAUAAAUCCAAUGGUGAUAGAUUGAACGAUAACGGCCCGUUAUUCCGAUACAACUUAAUGUAAGUAUACUCACAUAUUAUGCACGUAUCAAAUGUAUCAAAAUACUAAUCGAUGAAUUCAAAACUUUUUACAUGUUUACGGUUUGCUGGAGAACAACAACUACGUCCACUUUGUAACCGGUGUAGGCGUACGAAACACAAGCACGCAGGAGAAAAACAAAGAAGCCUGCCACUGAAUGCCAGCGAUGCAGCGGGAAAUUUUCGAUUCAUCGAUGUAUAGCGUAAUUUUCAGAGUUAGGGAUAGUUACGUGACGUUAGCACUGGUGACGUAGUCAUAGAGUUAGUGUAAAUGAAAUAAUUAUAGAAAACUUGUAAUUUAAAAACACUUGGCGAUAAAUACAAAACAUUGU